UCGUAAAAUGCACUGCUCGGGGUAACGCGGUUUUUCCUGACUAUAUUAAUGCAGCCUUCGUCGUUUAAAUCAUAGAAUCGGAUUUCUCUGUUGACGGAUUGAUAGGCCCUCGCCACGCUCUCCAUUCACGGCCCACUGUGAAUUCAUUGGCAAGUCCCCCUUAUACUAAACGACAUGGGCAUUCCGGGCGGGUUCGGUUCUGUCCUCGUCGGGGUGUUGAUCUCCGUCAUGUUAUAUGGCAUAGCAAUUCUCCAGACUUAUGUGUAUUACAUGCAAUACCCUGAGGAUGCCUCGGCCACAAAGCUCUUGGUUGCUGCCAUAUGGAUCCUUGAUACCCUACAUACUUCAUUUAUGUGUCAUAUGUUGUAUUACUAUUUGAUAACCAACUACGGUAUUCCGGAGAGUUUGGGGCAUAUCGUUUGGUCAUUCCAAGCAUCUGUUCUGGUGCACGUAUUUAUGGUUGCUGUAGUACAAUGCUUCUUCGUCCAUCAAAUAUAUUACCUCUGUCGCCCUCAAGUGAAGUGGUGGGUGACCGCCCCAAUUAUGCUAUUAAUACUGGGUCAGAUUGCGGCGGCUGUUCUGGAGUGCUUCCCUUGUCCAACCAUGCUCACAGAAAUGUUAACCCCUGUGUAUAGGUUUGUCAUUCACAAGACCAGUGUCCUUACGCAGAUCUCGUUUUACGUUCUAACCCCGGCUUUUGCCAUCAUCGUACUAAUUGAGGUCCUGAUUACCGUGUCACUUUGUGUACUCUUCUACAGCAGUCGCUCUGACUCUGCAUUUCCAAGCACAAAGCGUCUCCUGAAUACACUUAUCAUCUACGCUGUUAACCGGUGUGUGCUGAUAUUACUAGUCGCCGUUGGAGAGCUCGCCGUUGCCGUUGAGCACCAAGACGCAUGGAUAAUGGCAUUGGACUUCAUUGUUCAGGGGUUGUAUCCCAAUUCACUUCUAACAUCACUGAACACUCGGCAAUACCUUCAACUCCAGGUUUCAGGUACCCUGUCAGAUCUACACACCAAUACUAUGCGCUUUGCGAACCUGCCGAAGCUUCCGGGGCAUGAAGAGAGUUCACAGGAUAGAGCAAGGCUAUCUGGCAUACACGAAGGAUCUGCCAUUGAUAUUAACAUCGACCCGGCACCCGAUAAGACUACGGUAUUGCGAAGAGAGGGAGAGGCGUGAUUCUAACAGUUCCACGCUGUGUCUGCCUUUUUUUGUCUCCACUAGUGUAUUGAACUCUUCCCUACAUGGAGUGAGGCUAAUAAGGGAUAAUAACCCCCUGUAUACCGUUUCCUAGAUUCCAACUUCAUGGUGUACCACUCUCCCUAUUCGCGACGGGCGGGACGUCAUUCGCAUCGACCAAACACUGAUAUGUACAUAUGUAGUCAAGUUUUGACUGUGUUCACACUAGGAGCUGGCUCAGGCCUGCUCCCCUAAACUGUCUUGGUCUCCACUUGCACGGCAGCCACAUGAUGGUAGGUAGAUUAGAUUACAUACAGCGAAGGACA